GGAAAUGUAAGUACUGUGAGUUUAUCCGUGAGAAAAGGGGUUACCUUUUAAAACAUUAUCGGUUAAAACACGGAAACUAUGGUAGAACUGUCCCAUUUCCCUGCUUACACCAACAAUGUGUGUGCAUUUGAUCAGGCAGCCCUGGAGGCCUGUAAAGACUUGGUUGAUGAAAUGCAGAAGAGAACAAAUGGACCUCUUGUGAAACAGAAGAUGGAUCAGACGUUUGCUCUGAGAAGAAAAGAGGUAGUGGAGUCGGAACCUGCCAUAAGCACGAUGGUGAGACGCUGGCCUGCCCUUUUCACUGAAGAUCAAGUCUUCAUGGAGUUCAGCAGGAUUGUGGGCAAGAACCUCAAGACGGAAUUCUAUGAGAGCAUCGACCGGCACAGUCCUCGUGUCCUCGAGUUAUUUGGAUCCAAGAGAGGGAAUGUUGGACAGACCAAUACUACAGAGCCAACUGAGUGUCAGAGGGCUUCCUAUCAUCCUGGGGACAACCCCACAGACGUCUUCAAAGCAGGCUUUGAAUCUGACGAUGAGGAUUCUUUUUGUCACCCAGACAUUGGGAGACUUCUUAUUGAGCGUGAAGGUGCUGUGCUCACAUCCUCCCAGCAUCUCAGUCCAGCCUCGUUGGAAAUCAUCAUUGAGGGAGAAGUCGUGAUGGACAACAUUCAAGAUCUGCCCAAAGCAAUGUGCAUUCUGUUUGGACUCAUGUAUGCACUCCAUCUUAACUACCCCAAGACUAUGAAGCUCACAUUUCAGUUCAUCCAACAGGUAUUGCUCUUGUUAGGCCACACUGACCUAAAGCCAAAGCUACAGACUUUGAAAAAUCAGCGCGCAAUGUAAAGAGAUGUCAAGUCUACUUUAAGAAACUGUUGACUAUUUUUGUUUUCUUACCUGUGGGGUAAACCUUUUUAUUUUCUGUAAAACAGGUGGACACACAGACGCAUAAAACGCAGACACACACACAGACACAUACAACACCCACACACAAAACUGACACACCUAUACACACUUAUAUUUUGUGGGAAGCGUGCUAAAGGAUGUGACUUGUGUGACAAUAUAAACUGAGCGGAGUUGUAGCGGAAAGACAUAGGACAUUGUUAUAUUAUAUACAUGUUUCAGUUCUUCAUCAGUCUAUGUAGAUGGAAUUAGAUAUUGUUCUGAUAUGAUAGUCUGUUGCUUCAUGCUCUGGCCUCCCUUCAUUGAGGCAGAUGAAACAGAUCCUUUUUGUGAUUAGCUGUGUUUGGCCAUUUUUCUUAAAAGUAAAAUGCAUUGGAGCAUUUA